UGUUACAGCACCCACAACCACAGUCUAGUUCAUUGUACUAGUUCACUGGAAAGGUCGUCUCUGGAUCCGGAACCUAGUCCAUGGUAAAAACAGCCAUCUGGUUCCUUUUCCUAACUCAAAAUGGCCAAUCAUAAGACUGCCGCUUUGGUUAUAGACAACGGCUCUGGAAUGAGCAAAGCGGGAUUUGCGGCGGACGAGGUCCCCAUAGCUGUGUUCCCUUCCAUCGUGGGGCGACCCAGGCAACAGGUGGUGGGAAUAGGCCAGAAGGACAGCUACGUGGGUGAUGAAGCACAGAGCAAGAGAGGCAUUCUGUCCCUGAAGUACCCCAUCGAACAUGGCAUUGUCAGCAACUGGGACGACAUGGAGAAGAUCUGGCACCACACCUUCUACAACGAGCUGAGGGUUGCCCCAGAGGAGCACCCGGUCCUGCUUGCCGAAGCUCCUCUGAACCCCAAAGCCAACAGGGAGAAGAUGACCCAGAUCAUGUUUGAGACCUUCAACACACCAGCCAUGUACUUGGCCAACCAGGCAGUGCUGUCCCUGUACGCCUCUGGCCGGACCACUGGGAUUGUCAUGGAGUCGGGAGAUGGAGUCUCCCACACCGUGCCCAUCCAUGAGGGGUAUGCCCUGCCCCACGCCAUCCUGUAUCUGGACCUGGCCGGUUGCGACCUGACCAACUACCUCAUGGAGAUCCUGACCGAGCAAGGCUACAGCUUCAGUAUGGCCGAGAGGGAGAUUGUUCAGGACGUCAAGGAGAAGCUCUGCUACGUUGCCCUGGACUUUGAGCAGGAGAUGGCCACUGCCGCUUCGUCGUCCUUCCUGGAGAAGAGCUACGAGCUCCCUGAUGGCCAGGUGAUCACCAUUGGCAACGAGCGCUUCAGGUGCCCCGAGGCUCUCUUCCAGCCCUCCUUCCUGGGCAUGGAGUCCGUCGGCAUCCAUGAGAUCACCUUCAACACCAUCAUGAAGUGUGACAAGGAGAUCUGGAAGGACCUGUAUGCUAACACAGUGCUGUCGGGUGGUACCACCCUGUACCCUGGCAUUGCUGACAGGAUGCAGAAGGAGAUCACGGCCCUGGCUCCCGGCACCAUGAAGGUCAAGGUCAUUGCCCCACCAGAUCGUGAGCACUUGGCCUGGAUUGGGGGCUCCAUCCUGGCAUCUCUCUCCACAUUUGAGAAGAUGUGGAUCAGCAAGAAGGAGUAUGAAGAGUCUGGUCCUUCCAUUGUCCAUUGUAAAUGCUUCUAAAAGCUUCUGUGCUCUUGUUGAGUCAUAGCUCGGAAACCAGGGCACAUAUAUCCAAGUAAAUACUUCUAGCCUCUUUCAAAUCACUAGUGGACCAAUUGGGUCCACUUUCAAGUUGAGAGUUCUUCUGGACAGUUCCAACUGACUACUUAUAUCUCUGUGUUGGCUACAUAAAACUUUAGCUAGGAUAGAGUUAAUAUAGAUAGUGGGGGUGGGGGGUGGGGGACACCUUCUGGUUUAAGAUCAGAAUUAAGGCAAUCUCAUUUCGGUUCAAGCUCCACAAAGCCAGGAAACUGGGCCCUAAGGCUGAGGCCUCAACAGACGUGUCACAUGGUCAGCCACGAUCUUGUGCAGUGUCACAAAUUGUGCUUGCUUCCAGCUUGCGCUCCACACACACACACCCCACCCACACACACAUUUUCCUUGGCCUUUCCAACUCAAGAUGGAGAGGAUGGAGUGCCAGGCACCAGCAAAGAUGCCCCAUAUUGUCCACCGAAGGCAAGCCAUAAGCGAGCACAAUUUGUUUCAUAUCAAUUUCUAAAAACCGUUGCCAAAUCUCCUGCAUUAUAGUAAAGUCUUACAACUGCGA